GAAAUGCUACUGUAGAUAAGCUGGAGGACUUCAUCAACAAUAUCAACAGUGUCUUGGAGUCCUUGUAUAUUGAGAUAAAGAAAGGAAUCACGGAAGAUGAUGGGAGACCCAUUUAUGCUCUGGUGAAUCUUUCUACAACUUCAGUUUCCAAAAUGGCCACGGAUUUUGCCGAGAACGAGCUGGACCUGUUUAGAAAGGCUUUGGAACUGAUUGUUGACUCAGAAACUGGCUUUGCCUCUUCUACAAACAUUUUGAACCUGGUUGAUCAACUCAAAGGCAAAAAGAUGAGGAAGAAGGAAGCGGAGCAGGUGCUGCAGAAAUUCGUGCAGAGCAAGUGGCUGAUUGAGAAGGAGGGGGAGUUCACCUUGCAUGGCCGGGCCAUCUUGGAGAUGGAGCAGUUCAUCCGAGAGACCUACCCGGAUGCUGUGAAGAUAUGCAACAUCUGCCACGGCCUCCUCAUCCAGGGUCAAAGCUGUGAGACAUGUGGUAUUAGGAUGCAUUUGCCUUGCGUGGCCAAGUACUUCCAGUCCACCUCUGAACCACGCUGUCCUCACUGUAAUGAUUUCUGGCCCCACGACAUUCCAGAAGUCUUCGACCCUGAGAAGGAGAGGGAGGCUGGCAUCUCCAAGUCGAGCAGAAAGUCCUUGCGGACCCGUCAGCAUUAGCUGUGUCCUGCAUGGCUCUGGCUGUUGGUGGGCUGACCCUCAUGGCCCAUUUAGACCAGGGGCCUGGCCAUCCACAUGGCACAUGAACUGCCUCCCUUGUUGAUAUUUGCUGUUAACAUAUUUUUAGUAAAUGUUUCCUGAUGGUUGCUGUGCUCUGCAAA